ACCGUGGUAGCUGCCUACACUACGGGCCUCGCCGCACCACUGUCGAAAAUGCAAUGUUCGACACAGGCUGUCGAAGACGGAGACGGGAAAAACAUUCGGCAGUUGUCAGAGAAUGCUUCUGGACACCUCCUUGUCGAGAAAGUUGUUGAAUCCCCAGCCAGCCUCCUGCUACUCCGAAGCUUUCUGCUACUCCGAAGCUUUCGACACUCCUCGGCUGCGCCGUCGACUUCUCUUCGAAAUUCGGUGAGUGGCGGUACUCGACGAGUGCAGUGCGGGGCGUUGUGUACAUCGGUUGCGUCUGGACUGUCAGCCAUGGCGCAGCCGGCGGGAGGUCGACCUAACCCUCCGGGUGACGCCGUUGGAAGCAGCGAUGGCCUCCUCCGUGUAAGGGAGGGAGCAACAGCAGCAGCAGCAGCGGGAGGAGGAGGAGGAGGAGGAGGAGGAGGAGUUAUCUCUGCAAGUGAAAGUGGCAAUGUCGGUGUUGCAGCAAGCAGCUCUUCUGCUAUUACCUCUCUUCAGCAUUCUCAGCCGCUGCAUCAUCAUCAUCAUCAGCAGCAGCAGCAGCAGCAACCAGUGGUCACGGCUUUGUUAGACAGGCCAGAUUUCAACACCCUCGAUUUCAUCAAUCAAUCAAUCAGAUGUUUCACAAAUGAGUCUUCGCUGGUGGCUGUGGAGCCGUUGAUCCAUCGGUUAUGGCACAAGAUAAGGCGGGUGGGUGGAUACGGAGAAUCUGGCUGCAGUACGACAACAGAGCUCGUCUGGGACCAAAGCUAGGGAAGACCUUGCCGCUGCCACAAACGCGAUUCAAGAACUGUUUGUUUCUCAAGCAAGAUCCGAGAGAUGUUGUUUCCAAAGAAGUGAAGGCGGAACAAAGCGAGGUUAUGGUGCAAGAAAUUUGUAGGGAUAUCAAAAAGCUGUCGAUGCAGAGGAUCCGCGAGAACGGCCAGCUCCAGCAGCAGCUGGCGGAGGCCCCUGCUUGGUGGUGGACGCUAUAGUAGAACCUGACGUCAAGGAAAAAGAGCUAAUUAGCGGGUUCUGGUCCAAGGAGUUGACGUCUUAUCAACAGAUAUUCCAGGGUACGUUGGAGGUGGCGAAGCUGGAGAAAGCAGAGCCGCCAUAUGCGUGGAUAAAGAAGCAGCUGCGCG